CACGUCACUUCCGAAACAACAAGCGAUUCGGUUAGAGCUCCUCGGUUGAGAGAAACUUUAUGUUUUAUACCGCAAAUGUCUUAAUAAUUGACCAAAAAACUCUUCGGACCAAGUGAGAAAGACUUACUGUUGGUUCCUGUAGCAUGAAUUUCUCCGAGGUCUUCAAGCAGUCCAAUCAACUGUGCAAAGUUUCUCCGGAUGGGAAAUAUUUGGCCACCUGUGUUCAGUACCGCCUGGUGGUCCGUGAUUUCAACAGCCUUCAGAUCGCGCACCUGUACACAUGCCUGGACCCGGUGAUGCACAUGGAGUGGUCCUCCGACUCCCUCUUCAUCCUUUGUGCCAUGUACAAAAGAGGACUAGUGCAGGUGUGGUCUCUAGAGCAGCCGGACUGGCACUGUAAGAUAGACGAGGGUUCGAUUGGUCUAGUCUCGUCACGCUGGAGUCCUGACGGGCGACACGUACUCAACACCACUGAGUUCAAUUUGAGAGUCACCGUCUGGUCCCUGUGCACAAAAUCUGUAUCCUACAUCAAGUAUCCUAAAGCCUGCCAGAAAGGUAUGGACUUCACUGCAGACGGCCGUUAUAUGGCUCUGGCCGAGAGACGGGAGUGUAAAGACUACAUCAGUGUGUUUGUGUGUGAUAACUGGCAUCUUCUCAGACAUUUCGAGAGUGAGACUCAAAAUCUGGCUGGGCUGGAGUGGUCUCCUAACGGCUGUGUGCUUGCAGUGUGGGACAGCUGUCUUGAGUAUAAAAUUAUAUUAUAUUCGCUGGACGGCCGCCUGUUGUCCUCCUACAGUGCUUAUGAGUGGUCUCUAGGCAUAAAGUCUGUCGCUUGGAGUCCCAGCAGCCAGUUCCUGGCCGUUGGCAGUUACGAUGAGAAGGUUCGGAUCCUGAAUCAUAUCACUUGGAAGAAGAUCACAGAAUUCGAGCAUCCAACCACCAUCAUAAACGCCAAAGCUGUGGUGUUUAAGGAAGUAGAGAAAAGACCUGUUGUGGGCAGUGAGGAUCUUUCUAUUCAUCAGCUGACUGUGGAUAAUUCACUAUUUAGCACACAGAGCAAGUAUGAGAUCACACAACUGCCAGCCCAGGUGCCAGUAAUCAAGCCCGAUCCAGACCGAGCCAACCCGAAAAUCGGCAUCUCCGCUCUGGCUAUCAGUGCUGAUAAUCGCUACCUUGCUACAAAGAAUGAUAACAUGCCUCAGAGCCUGUGGGUAUGGGACAUGCUGAGACUCAGUCUGCUGGCUGUCCUGGUGCAGACAGCUCCUGUGCGCUGCUUUGUCUGGGACCCACACAGACCUCGACUGGCUCUCUGCACCGGAAACACCAAAGUGUAUCUGUGGUCACCAGCUGGCUGCGUGUCUGUGAAUGCACCAGUCGAAGGCAGUUUUCAGGUGCAGUCUCUGUUUUGGCACUGCAGUGGCAGCUCACUGGUGCUGCUCUCAAAAGAGCACAUCUGCCUGUGUUACAUGGAAGCAGAGGAGGAGAAAUAAACCAAAGCUCUUCAUCACACUCCCCAGAGCCUGCUUCUACAAUACAGGAGCAGUUUCUGCAAUCCUGUAAGAGAUCUGCUCUCCAAAGAACUCGAGGCUAAACACUGUUUCUGUCUACAAAUGUACUACAAAUACACUUCUGUGUAGUUUUCAGGUGAGGUUUUUAUAACUUUGUUUCAGCUUGACACAAAUGAUUUUCGAUAGAGCACAUGCUAUAAUGAGAGUAAUAGUCUGUGAGGGAAUGAAAUGUGGUUUUGUGUUCUCAAGUACAGAUAUAUAGCAUGUGUGAUUCUCCAGCACCAGCAUAGUGCAAAUGAGCCGAUGCUUUCACUCACAUCUGCUUCUUUAUGGCCUUAGACAAGCUAAAUAACGGGUUUGGAGGACCAAAUAUAUUAUACAAACACAUCACAUUUAUGUCACUUUAGACUUGAUGUGAUUUUGAAGGUUUUGUUGUUUUUUCAGAUGAAUGUGAAUGGUUGUGAAUGACAAUUUCCUUAAUGUUUAAGGUUUCAAAACUAGAUUUAUUUUUAUAAAGUUAGCGCUAUUUGUAAUAAAGGUUUCUACAUUGAUGUUUCCCAUAGGUUUUGGCUUUCUUCUACAGAGAUUACAGGUGAACCUGUCAAGAACAAUUCACAAAUAGUAUUACUGUAAUAGACUACUAAGGAAUUAAAUACGAUUAAUACUAUAAAUAAUACCAAGAUUUAUAAAUACUUUCAUUUAGAUUUAAUUAAGAUUGUUUUGCAUCCAAUUAAUGACAAUUUAUGUGGACUUGUGCUUAAUCUCACAAUUUUGUAAAAACAAGACAAGUGGAAAAAAAAAAAAAAAAAAAAAAGUGUUAAAAGAACCAUAAUUUUACUUAAAGCAUGAUGUUUAUAUUACAUAAAUCCAGUGUGAUGAAAUCCAGGCAACAAUUUUUAAAGAUGAUUUCAAAAAUUCAAUUUAAACAAACCUGGAGGAGUUCAGAUCUAGGCUUGAUCUGGGUAACACAAACAAUAUUUUACUAUAAUAACAUGGAUGAGUUAAAAAAUAAAAAAGAAUUUUUACUUGGAAAAACAAUUACAUGUGUUUCUGAACAGAGGAAAAGGUGCUUCGAUUUUGUUUUUGGUGAAUUGAGGCUAUGGCUAACAAAUUAUACAUCUAACAAGUUGCAGGCAUAACCAUCAUGCACAACUUUACAUUACAUUUAAAACAAAUAUAGGAAAGAAAAAAAAACACUGAUGCCUGUAUUAAAAAAAAACAGACAUCAUUUCAACAAGGUUACAACUAUUUCUCUAUGUAUAGCCAAAAAAAAGAAACAGAAAUUGGCCAACAAAAGUGCAUAUGCGUGAAAAAUACUUCAGAGUCUCUGAACCCGUAAUCGCUCAACAGCAGGAAACCUUCAAGUUCAGAACGUCCCGCCGUGUCGUGCAUCCUUAAACAAAAGCCAAUCUGUUGACCAACAUCACCUGAGGAAUCAACAGUAUCAAACACACUAGCUGUUUGCCUUGGUUAACUUCAUUUCAACUUUCUGUAAAUUAGGCAGGACUUAAACAUCGUCUUUUAGGUUAAAGAAAUGAGGCAUGAAUUAUGGAUAAAGCACGCAAACAUGAGUUGUAGGUAAAGCACAUGUAACAGUAGUACGAGUUUACAGCAGCCACAAGAAGACCCGAAAUUCACUUUGAAAUAAGAACAGAGUGUGAAAAUACAUGUCAGGCAAGUGGACACACUUGAGAAUACAUGUCCCCUGUCUAUAUUACCAUGCUUUUUGGUGUGUUACCUAAAGCCAGCGUUAUAUCUGAAGAUAUCAUGCGGACAAUACGGUGUUCUAUUACAAACAUUAUUUGACACAUUGCAUAAAUUGCAAUUUGACCUUAUAUUAGUAGCAGUGUUUGGGAUAUAAAUCCUGCCUGAGUUAUAAUGCUGAUUUUAAAUAUUAAAUUAUGCUGAUACUAUUGAUUUAAAUUUUUAUUAC